UGCCGACACGAAAAGAUAUCCGCGCUGCACGUUCGAUAAAACGGGUAAUUUUUGUACAUAAAUUUUAGGUUUAGGAUUUAUGUGCCACGAUUAAACGGUACCACAGGCGGGUAGGCAGCUUUUCGGCGAUUCAGAAUGAAGCGCCCCGGCUUUGUUGGCUGCUUGAGAGCAUGUGUUUGGCUGCUGGCGCUGGUGACUACUUGCAGUGGUUUAUAUGAAGACCAGAUCGGAAAAUUUGAUUGGCGGCAGCAAUACGUUGGAAAGAUUGUUCACGGUGCCUUUGAUACCACGUCGGUCGACCGUAUAAUCGUUGCUACGGAGAGUAACGUGCUAGCUGCGAUCAGCGCAAAGACCGGUGACAUCGUGUGGCGCCAGGUGUUGGAGAGUGGUUCCCGUGGGGAGGUGAAACUGCUGCACGUAUCAAACCCAUCGGCAACGGGUGCCCGAGUGGGUUCUCGGGGCCAUCCCGGACACGAUGUGAUCACCGUCACCGGGAGCCUGCCAGCGCUCGUCCGUGGCUGGAACUCCAACACCGGCACACUGGAGUGGGAAUGGUCGUUGCUGGCCUCGGUGGACGAACAGGCCGCUGCCGAUGCCGUUUGGUUCGAGCACGAUGGACUGCUGUAUCACGUGGUACCGGUGUGGGGCUCCCAUCUCGAGGUUACGCCCUAUCAGGCCGUUUCGGGCCAACAGGCGCGUCCCAUGACUUCCCGCAUUGCCGCCAGCUGGACGGCAAAGGACCGCUGUGCACUCACGGAAUCGUUUUUCGCUUGUACGAGCAAAGAUCAGCUGCUGGCGCUAGAUUUGGCAGCGGACUCGACCAGUGCCAUCCUGUCGAAACCACUCGGUGCCGAAGGAGUCGGUCGCCCGAGACCCGUACGGGGUGAAGCGGCCGUCAUUCAGAAUGGUCGGUACUACUCCCUGCGUAACGAUCAAAAACUGGCAUUCGCCGGUAAGGAUGCGGCACUCGUAGACCGGACCAUUCAGGAUGGUGAACCGAUUCUCCUGCGGGGAACGGUGGAUCGCGUGAACAAUCGAUUGCUCAUCGUCGCCCAUCGUUUGCGCGAUUUUGUGAAGCUUGACUCGAUUGAAUUCACCAUGGACUAUAGCGACACACUUGGCGAUCCGGAGCUGAUUAGCGUACGGUGCAAGCAAUCGAGCGGUGGCAGCGGCGCUGGGCUUGUCUGCCGGAUGCUGGUAUCGGCGGAAGAUGGAGCGAUUCUGCUGAUUCAACAGGGAAAAAUCAAAUGGGUUCGCGAGGAGGCACUGGCCGAAGUGGCUACGGCCGAUUUCCUGGAUCUGACGCUGUCGGACGCCGAAGGGGCUAUCGAGGAGGAACUGAACAAUAAGAAUGAAGAGAAUGGUUUAGAAUGGGACGUGUACGGGGCUUUUCAACGUCGUAUCUCGUCGCAGGCGCUACAUUUGAAGAACCUUUUCCUGCACAUACUUGGAGUCGGACCGGCUCCCUCUAAAGCGCAGCGUGCGGGACUGGUGCGGGAUGAUUUCGGUCUGCACAAGAUGCUGGUCGUCGUAACGAACAGUGGCAAGGUGUUUGGUAUCGACAAUGUAUCGGGCAAGCAUCACUGGAUCCGCUACCUGCCGUCCUUUGUCGGCUUCGCCAAUGGCGUCCCGAUGAAGCUGGUUGUACAACGUACGUCGCGCUUCUAUCCGCUGCCCGCACAGUGUGUUAUCGUUGGCCGUGAUCGGACGACGCUGAACGGAUUACUGUACAUCUUCAACCCAAUCACGGGCCAGCCAGUGCAGGGGGGCGGUGUGAUGGAGUUACCGUACAGUGUAUCGCAAAUUUCGUUACUACACAAAACCGGGCCCGACUUCCUGAAAGCACUGCUGCUCCUGGACGAUAAGAAUGUGGCGCAUGUGGUGCCGGAAACGCUAGAAGUACAUGCGGACAAUUUUUAUCUGUUCACUGCCAACCAUCAGACGGGCCAGAUGAACGGUUUCCACGUGCAGUACGAUCCGUCAUCAACGAAGAGCUCGAAGCUGACGACCACUCCAUCGUGGCAGAUCGAUUUAAGCGGUGGUAGCAAGCGGCAACAGAUCAUAGCAUGCGAGGGUAAAAAUCCCAUCGAGCACGUGCACUCGCAGGGACGCGUUAUGGCCGAUCGUUCGGUUCUGUAUAAGUAUAUCAACCCCAAUCUAGUCGCUGUCGCUACCCACGGUGCCGACAACAUACACAAAUAUAUCAUGAAUGUACAUUUGGUAGACGUAGUUUCCGGUUCCAUCGUAUUUUCAAUGUCGCAUAAGCGCGUACGACCGCCGCUGCACAUGGUGCACUCGGAAAACUGGCUUGUUUAUUCGUACUUCAACGACAAAGCACGUCGUACCGAGAUCACGUCCAUUGAGUUGUAUGAAGGUAAAACGCAGACCAACGGUACCGUGUGGAGCUCGCUGGAUGCACCACCGCUACCAAUGGUUGAACGCCAAUCCUACAUUCUCCCGGUGGCGGUAUCCGCACUGAAGGAAACAAUCACCGAGAAGGGUAUCACCAGCAAGCACAUUUUGAUUGGACUGUCGACGGGGGCCGUUGCCGAAAUGUCCUGGGCGUUGCUGGAUCCCCGCCGGCCCGUCACGUCGCCGGAAAAAGCGCGCGAAGAAGGCAUCAUGCCGUACAUGCCCGAGUUACCGAUGCCGCACGAAAUCCUGGUCAACUACAAUCAAACGGUAGCGAACCUGCGCGGCAUCCAUACGGCACCUUCCGGACUCGAAAGUACCUGCCUGGUGCUGGUGCACGGUCUCGAUCUGUUCGUGACCCGUGUAUCCCCCUCGAAAACGUUCGAUCUGCUGAAGGAAGACUUUGACUACUUCCUCAUCACGAUCGUGUUAACCGCGCUCACCACUACGUCCUUCGUCGUCAAGCAGCUAGCAUCAAAGAAGAUCGUCAAGCAGGCGUGGAAAUAAUAAACGAGGCGAAGUAGCAGCCACCGGGGAGGAAGGGGUGUUUCAACGGGAGAACAACCAAAAAGACAUUUAAAUGCAUUUUCUGUUAUCAAUUUCGUUCCCAUUUACCCACUCGCACACGCGCGGUAUUCGAAGUUCACGGUCACGGUCGCGGUCACGGUUUUCUUUCUCUCUACAUCACAAUCCUGAGGUGGUAGUAAGAACGUGUUAAGCGAUGAGUUUGAAAUUUGCCGCCCGAAAAAAGGAAGACAUGCGUUGCGAGGCUGCGUUGUUCCUUCCGGCGGUGGCAGCAUUUACCUUUAGUGCGAGUUCUCUGUAAUUCAUGUUUUGCCAGGUAAAAUAAAGGCUUACGCCAUCGAUCGAAAGAGAGAAACAAGAGAGAGCAAU